GGUUAGAGGCAUGCAAGCAGGGGUUCAAGAGUGGAUGCAGACCUCUAAUCCACCUUGAUGGUUGCUUCCUGAAAACAUACUAUGGUGGACAACUCUUAACUGCAGUGGCACAAGAUGCGAAUAAUCAAUUUUAUGUUGUUUCUUAUGGAGUUGCAAGGUCUGAAACCAAAGAGUCGUGGAAAUGGUUUCUUACUCUACUUUAGGAGGAUCUGGGGGAUGUUCAGACUCAUGGUUGGAAUUUCAUGUCUGACCAACAGAAGGGUUUGCUGCCUGCUUUGAAAGAAGUUAUGCCAAAUGCACAUCACCGAAACUGUGUGAUGCACAUUUGGAAAAACUUCAUAAACCGAUUUAAGGAUUUGUAUAUUCGGGAGGUGGUUUGGGAUUGUGCUAGGUGCACCACCAUACCCGAAUUCAAGGAACAGAUGGAGAAACUGAAAGGCAUUAAUCAAGGGGCAUGGGAAUAUCUCUCCAAGUUUGAGCCAGCAACUUGGGUCAAGGCGUAUUUCUCCCACGGGCCAAAAGUGGACAACCUCACAAAUAACAUGUGUGAGGUGUUCAACUCAAAGAUAGUCAGCUAUAGAAGCAAGCCUAUACUCACCAUGUGUGAAGAAAUUAGGUGCUAUCUGAUGCGGAGAAUGGUUAAGCAUAAAGAGCUACUAAGUGAUUAUACUGGGAAGCUGGCACCAGUUCAGCAGAAGAGGAUGGAGCGUCUAAUAAGGCCUAGCAAUAAAUGGCGUGCAGACUGGACAGGUGAUGAUGCACGCAAGCGUUUCGAAGUUACUCGUAAAGCUACAAAGGUUGACGUUGAUCUCAUAAGGCAGACUUGCUCCUGCAACAAAUGGCAGCUAACUGGUAAGUUCUAAGUUACUCAAACGCGUUACCUUAAUCUGAUUCAAGAAUUAGUUAUAUUGUUUUCAAUCUUUUCAUUGCUGGCUGAAUGAUGUUUUAGUAUGUUGAUUUUGUUGUUUUUAACUUGCUAACUGAAUGAUAUUUUAAUAUAUUGUGUUCAAUAUUUUAAGUUGAUGGCUGAUUCUUGUUUUAUUACUGCUGCACUCAAUAUUUUAAGUUGCUGGCUGAUUCUUGUUUUAUUACUGGUGCACUCAAUUCUGGUUGAUGAUUUUGU